AUGGAUGAAGAAAUAGCAACUCAAUUGAAUGAGGAUCUUGCCUCAGAUAUCCUAGCGCAAUUCCACCGCAAGCCUCAUAAACAAAUUCCUGAAGGCUCACCAGAACCGUCCAAAUCUCAGCUGGCGAUAGAGAUUCCCACUAUCUCUAAUAUUGAUGAAUAUGAAUUUCUCCCUGGACAUUUUCAAGUUCGCUGCAUCAUUAGUAAGGCAACAGAUACAACCAAUAAACCUUCCUAUUUAGUUAGACUGCGAAGUGGAGAAACGGAAAUGAUGUCAUCUGCGAAGCUCAAGAGCCUUAGUAACGGACCUGAAGCCCUCACACAUUUUCAGAAUACAGGACAAGCCUACGAAAGCUCAUCGCAAUCCCCGUCCGAAAUGGAGACCUUGUUCAGCGAGAAAAAGGGAAAUGCAUUGUCUGACUCGGGGAGACGGCGACGCUCUACUCGUGCUAGGAAUACUCAAUUCACGGGGUUCUUUAGCCGUAUGAGCAGUGAGGGUGAUGAACCUCGUUCUGAAUCUCCAUCGAGUGAUGAUGUUAUUCUCUCAUCUGUGGCAACUACUAAGAAGAAACGCCUUAGCAGACGCAGACAAAACGAGACACGCUUGAAAGGCUCCGAUAUGGAAAGCAACUACACUCUAGGGUCCAGGGGCUCGCGAUUUUCAACCCGACAACGGAAGACAAUUCGGAAAAGUCUUAGGGAGAGAUACGAAGAGGACAUUUCUGAGUUUGAAGGUGUCGCUAAGACGCAAAAGUUCUUUGGAGCAAAGGAAAUCUUUCACAAGGUACCAUUCGAUGACCCAUUUCGGAAGCUUCAUAACGUAAAUUGCGAUGUUUGCUACCGCAGUGGAGAUGAUCCUGCAAAAGGCCCUCUUGUCUUCUGCCAGGGAUGUACGAGUGUUUAUCAUCAAGCUUGCCUGGGUCCUCGAGCGACACGCGAACAUCUUGUAACUAAGGUUUCGGAUGACAUCUUUGUUCUUCAAUGCCGUCGCUGUCUGGGUGUCGCGCAUGCUAAAGACCCUGUUUGCCCACACCAAGGCAGUUGUACUGUAUGUAAUCGCAAAGGGCAGAUGUCAAACCCGCUAAGGGAACGCUUAACUCCAAAGCAGGAGCAACAACUUCGACAGGAAAAUGGUGGUAAAGAUCCUAUCACCAGUGUGGAUAUGGCUCGCAUAAAUAAUAUCGCCAACCUACUCUAUCGCUGUACUGCAUGCCAUAGGGCUUUUCAUUCCGAGCAUGUCUCCCCAGACUACGAAGCGACAGGCCAUUGUCAAGAUUGUUCUUCGGCCCCUGGAGAGAUCGGUGCAAUGGUCGCCUGGCGGCCAAAAGACCUCAAGACAUAUGUCACUAGGCACAGCGCCGAUAUCAUGGAGGAAGUCGAUAAAGAAUACCUGAUAAAAUGGAAGACAAUGUCUUAUAAUCAUACCACUUGGAUGCCUGGCAGUUGGGUGUGGGGAGUUGUGAACCCAUCUAUGCGACGGGCUUUUUUCAAAACGAACAAAAAUUUAAACCCUCAUAUGACCACGGAGGAGGCGAUACCAGAGGAGUUCCUUCGAACUGAUAUUAUUUUCGACGUUCAGUACGCAGACGAUGGUAAUGAUGAUAGCUCGGAUGGGCGGAAUAUCGAAACAGAUAUGUCACGGGUGGAUAAGGUGUCGAAAGCCUACAUAAAGUUUAAGGGUCUUACAUAUGAAGACGCAGUAUGGGAUUCGCCCCCUGAACCUAAUAAUGCCGAGAGGUGGGCCGAUUUUAAAGCUGCGUACGAGGACUGGGUAAAGCGCGACUACACUCAUAUGCCAGACCAAAAGUCUCUCAGAAAGCACCUUGAGCAAGUCAGGAAACAAAACUUCAAGACAAGCAUAGUCAAAGACACACAACCUGAGUCAAUGACAGGGGGUGAGUUAAUGGAUUAUCAGAAGGAUGGAUUGAGUUGGCUCUAUUACAUGUGGUUCAAACAGCAGAAUGCUAUCCUUGCUGAUGAAAUGGGCCUUGGGAAGACCAUUCAAGUGAUUGGCCUGUUUGCGACUUUGAUACAAUACCACAAAUGCUGGCCAUUCCUUGUUGUAGUACCAAACUCGACAUGUCCGAAUUGGCGAAAGGAAAUCAAAGCAUGGGUUCCAUCUAUCCGGGUUGUCACAUACUAUGGAUCCUCAUUCGCGCGUCAACUGGCACAAAAACAUGAGAUGUUCACUGAAGGGAGCAAUGACCUCAGGUGCCAUGUUGUUGUGACUUCCUAUGAAACCAUGGUCGACGAUGCUUCUCGAAGGGUCCUUGCUAAAAUACCCUGGGCUGGCUUGGUCGUUGAUGAAGGGCAGCGUUUGAAGAAUGACAAAAGCCAGUUAUAUGAAUCACUCUCGCGAAUUCAAUUCCCUUUCAAACUUCUAUUGACAGGUACACCUCUGCAAAACAAUACUAGGGAGCUAUUCAACCUUCUCCAAUUUUGCGACCCAACGAAGAACGCGGAAGCUAUGGAGAACGAAUAUGGAAUUCUAUCAAAAGAAAAUAUCCCUGAACUACACAACGUGAUUCGGCCUUUUUUCCUACGCCGUACAAAGGCCCAGGUGCUCACUUUUCUUCCUCCAAUUGUCCAGAUCAUUGUUCCGGUCUCCAUGUCUCUGGUCCAAAAAAAGUUAUACAAGUCCAUCCUGGCGAAGAACCCACAAUUGAUCAAGGCCAUCUUCCAGCGACCCGAGGACAACUACGGUCUUAAACAAGCCGAACGGCAGAACCUGAACAAUAUUCUGAUGCAGCUACGGAAAUGUCUAUGCCACCCAUUCAUUUAUAGUAGGGCUAUUGAAGAGCGGACAGCCAAUGCUGCAGCAUCACACAGACAUUUGGUUGAGGCGGCUGGUAAACUCCAGCUCUUGGACAUAAUGCUGCCAAAGCUCAAGGAGCGCGGCCAUAGGGUCUUGAUCUUUAGUCAAUUCCUUGACAAUUUGGAUAUUGUUGAGGAUUUUCUUGAUGGACUGGGACUUUUGCAUCGCCGCCUCGAUGGGAGAAUGACAUCUUUGGAAAAGCAGAAAAUGAUUGAUCAAUACAACGCCCAGGACUCGCCAUACUUCGCCUUCCUGCUUUCUACCAGAUCAGGUGGUGUUGGCAUUAAUCUCGCCACUGCAGAUACCGUCAUUAUUAUGGACCCGGAUUUCAACCCUCACCAAGACAUGCAAGCAUUGUCUCGUGCUCAUCGGAUAGGACAGAAGAAUAAGGUGCUUGUGUUUCAACUAAUGACUCGGGGCAGCGCUGAAGAGAAAAUCAUGCAGAUUGGUAAGAAGAAGAUGGUGCUAGAUCAUGUACUAAUUGACCGAAUGGUCGCGGAAGAAGACGACGGAAAGGACCUGGAAUCUAUUCUCCGACAUGGAGCUCAAGCGUUGUUUCAGGAUGACGACUCUGGGGACAUUAGAUAUGAUUCCGCAUCUGUCGAUAAGCUUCUUGACCGGAGUCAAGCAGAGCAGGCGUCGCCUUCCGACGAGAAUGCCCCCGAAACCCAGUUUAGUUUCGCUCGAGUCUGGGCAAAUGAUAACCAAAACUUAGGUGAACUACAAGACACAGAGGACACUAUAUCAGACAACGGUGCUGUUUGGGAGAAGAUUCUCAGGGAACGCGAAGAAGCGGCUGCUGAAGAAGCCAGAAAAGCCGAAAACCUUGGUCGGGGAAAGAGAAAACGGAUGACAGUUGACUAUUCAAAUGCUGUCACUGCGGAACUAUCGCCCACGAAAUCAGUUCGUCAGCGAGACGCCGAAAGCGAUGCCGAGUUUAGGGGAGAUGAAGCCGUGGAAUCUGAGUCUGAUAGUUCUCCCGAGCUUGGCCCUGACGAGAUCGAACGGACUCCGAAGAAAAAGAAAGGUAUACGCCCCUUCGAACGUGUCAAUCCCAUAACCGACACCGACAUCGCGUUGAGCACGGGAGGCAUGGAUGGCCACAUGGAGAGCCGUCCGUCGUGUUUAGCUUGCAACCAGAAUCACCCGAUCGGCUCCUGUCGUUUGAAACUAGCCGGCGUGGAGCAUUGCGGUCUGUGCGGACUUGCGCAUUUCGGAUUCUCCCGCACCUGUCCACAUUUACAAUCGGACACCCAAGUCGCCAGGAUGCUGGACGCUCUGAAGCGAAGUACUGAGGAUCCUGGUCUCGUCCUUCAAGCGAAAAAAUAUUUGACCGGCAUUCGUGGCGACCUUGCACAGCGUAAGAGGAGGCAGGCCAAUAAGGCUACAGGGAGUCUCACGGCAACUCAUGGUACACCUAGUGCGACUCCCACCGCUUCUACCACCAUUGCCACAUCAUCCUUGGUAGUCGACUUGACAAAUGGGAACGCACAGCCCUCUGAAGUGGGAACGAACUUCGACAACCUCUACAGUCAGAGGUUGUGA